AUGUUGAGAGCGUGUAGGUGUAAUCAAAAUGUAGGUCCUGUCGUGACAGCGGUGAUGUUCCUCGAUAAGAAGAAAGGAGUUAGCGUCUCAGAUGUCGCUGACUUUCUACGUCACAACUACGGCAUCAAAACUCUCCCGGACUAUAAGAAGUCUUUGAAACUAGCAGUAGAAAAGGGAUUCUUGACUGUCAGACAAAACCGCUUCUACCCUGCACUGAACACAAUCUUGGAGGCACGUCGGAGACGCAAACGAUCACUAAAGCGUCGAAGAGCUAGACGUCAUGACGACAAUGAUGAGGUAGUCGCAGCCCGCGGUCGCAGACAACAAAGAUAUCGGUACAAAAGGAGAAGCCGUCGACAAACGGGACGGCAACGUGAAGCAGACAGUGAACUGAUAGAGGCUCGACGCAGGAGAAGGUCUAUUAGCAAAAGACUCAGGAGACAUAGCAUUAUCCAGGCUCGAAGAAGACGUAGGUCUAUAAGACGUCGCAUUGUUGACUCCGACGACCACACUAUGGCUCGUCGUCGCCGUAAGAGAUCUACAAGACACGCUAGGAGGCGAGAUGACUCCGACGAUCUCACUAUGGCUCGUCGUCGCCGUAAGAGAUCUACAAGACACGCUAGGAGGAGAGAUGACCUAGAUGAUCUCACCAUGGCUCGUCGAAGACGCAGGUCUCGUAGAAGCACGCGCAGACGUCGAGGUCGCAAACACGAAGAAUUAUCUUCUCCUCAAGCUUAA